UUUGGUCGACGAACUUUGUCCGAUGUGACGUCAGAGGAGGAGAAACUGCUGGAAAAGUCAGAACUUUGCCGCAUUUUCUCAGCUUCUGACGUCACAUCGAACAAAGUUCGUCGAGCAAAGCUUGACCGUGUGGACGGGCCUUAUGGGGCCACGAGUAACUGGAAGCACGGACACUUUCAUUUAAUAAAAUUACCUAGGAAAGACUCGCUGACUGUGGAUGGUGAAGUUUCGUGAGGAGGGAAGCCAAAGACGAGCCAGAAGCGACGGAUGAGGCCGUCGAGGAUAUGCGCUUUUCCCUGCCUGAAGGAGAUGAUGCCCUGCGAUUGGAGAGGGAGAGAGAGAGAGAGAAGGCUAAUUCAAGGUGCUGUAAUGAGGGAAUGUUCUCCUGACGGAUGUGGUGACUACACUCCUGCCGAAGAUCACAGUCAGCACCUUUCCAGCAUCCUAGGGUUUCUCAUAUAAUGAAGUCCUAAGUCAUGGGCUUCUAGAAUUGACGUCUGUCGUUUCAUCAAGGAAGGUAUGUAGCCAGAGAAAAAGUGAUUGUUGGUCGCUGAUUUCAUAGCGACUACUUCAAGGCGAGGCCGACCGAGACGAGCACAGUCACGAUGCUUUGAAAAAAAAAAAAUACUGCAACUCUGAGAGGCGGUGAUUGUCUGAAGCUGGACGGUGACACCUUAGGACCGCCCAUCACGGAAGAUGAACUUCGCGAAAGCGUGAAGGUUGAAACGCUGGCUCCGGAGGAAGAUCCGAUCGGUUCUUCGGGCUUUUUCGAGGGCGACAUCAUGGUCCAGUCCGAGGAUGUCCUCUACCAGAUCUUAGAGGGUGACCCUAAAGGUCAGAACAGCGCUGUGAAGAAUCCUCGACUCUUGUGGCCUGAUGGCGUCGUUCCCUACGUCAUUUCUUCCUCUUUCUCAAGCAACCACAGGGCUUUGAUAGCAAGGGCUAUGCAAGAAUACCACGACAGGACUUGCAUCCGUUUUGUACCGCGGACGACGCAGAGCGACUACAUCCACAUACUUCGAGGACGAGGGUGUUCCAGCACUGUGGGACGAGCCGGGGGUGUUCAGGUCGUUUCUCUCGGUUCUGGGUGCGUCUACUUCGGCAUUAUUCUUCAUGAACUGAUGCACGCUGCUGGAUUUUGGCGCGAACAGUCGCGCUCAGACAGGGACGAUUACGUCACCAUCUACUGGUCGGCCAUUAUCCCUGGCCUCAGGUACAAUUUCAACAAGAACUCGAAUUUCGUCUCAACCAACCUGGGUCUUCCAUAUGACUACGGCUCCAUCAUGCACUACGGCCGGUAUGCCUUUACCAACAGCUACGGCUACCCGACAAUUGCUCCCAAGGAAAAUGGUGUCACAAUUGGGCAGCGUAAUGGUUUCUCUGACCUUGACGUAAAGGGCUUGAACCUUCUCUACAAGUGUUCUAGCGUUACUCCUGUGACUACAAGCACUACAACCACUGCCAGGCCAACUCCAAAACCUGUCGACUGUUUUGACCUCAACACCUUUUGCCCAUCCUGGGCAUCGGAGGGCCAAUGCAAAAGCAACCCAGGGUACAUGCGCGUUAAUUGUAAGAAAUCGUGCAAUACUUGCGGCACAGAGGUUUGCGGCGACAUAGCAGGCAACUGCGGGAGUUGGUCAGCCAGCGGAGAAUGUGAGCGCAAUCCUGCAUUCAUGAAGCAAAAUUGUAGAAGAGCUUGCAGCUUUUGCACAUCUGAUGGCUGUGUUGAUCAAAACGAAUAUUGCUUCGACUGGGCAGCCAAAGGCCAGUGUUCCAGCAAUCCUGCUUACAUGAAAUCCUACUGCGAAAAAUCCUGUGGGUUGUGUGACUAGUGAUUUGAAUACUCGAGUAAGUCCAUUGCGAUUGAUGCUGCGUAGACGUUCACACGAAGAGGGUAAUAUGAAACAGAUUGAAGUAGAAAAAAAACAUUAGAUUGUAUUUUUGAUUUUCCUUCUGGCGUUGCAAAACCGUUGUG